AAAAGAGUCCGGGCACCUGGGGUCGACCAGCCCACCGACUGGCUGUGUGGCCUUGGCCUUUGUGACCCGCAGUUUCUCAAGUGCGAUGAUAAUAGUACCUGCCUGGUAGUGUCCCGCGAGGACUAACGCAUGUCAUUUGUGAUGGGAAAGGUGGUCAUUUGGGGAACGUAGGUGGCAGAAGGCCCAUAGCUUUCUCUGCGGGUGUCUCCGGGAUCCUUGGAAAUGGUGGCAGCAGUAAGAAGGAGAAGCUUUCUCUGCAGGACAUAGCAGAGUUGAUCCGAGCCAGAGCCUGCCAGAGGGUGGUGGUCAUGGUGGGGGCUGGCAUCAGCACGCCCAGCGGCAUUCCCGACUUCAGGUCACCAGGCAGCGGCCGCUACAGCAACCUCCAGCAGUACGACAUCCCCUACCCAGAGGCCAUUUUUGAGCUCUCCUUCUUCUUGUACAACCCCAAGCCAUUCUUAUCUCUGGCCAAGAAGCUGUACCCUGGGAACCACAGGCCCAACGUCACUCACUACUUCCUGCGACUGCUGCAUGACAAGGGGCAGCUUCUGCGUCUGUACACACAGAACAUCGACGGGCUCGAGAGAGCAUCUGGCAUCCCGGCCUCCAAGCUGGUUGAAGCUCACGGGUCCUUUGCCUCUGCCACCUGCACCGUCUGCCGAAGAACAGCCCCAGGGGAGAACUUCUGGGCUGAUGUGCUGGGGGACCGGGUUCCCUACUGCCCAGUCUGCGGUGGCAUCAUGAAGCCCGACAUCGUGUUCUUUGGGGAGUCGCUGCCCGAGAGGUUCUUGCUGCAUGUGGUUGACUUCCCCAUGACAGACCUGCUGCUCAUCCUGGGGACCUCCCUGCAGGUGGAGCCUUUUGCCAGUUUGUCUGAGGCCGUGCGGAGCUCAGUGCCCAGACUGCUCAUGAACCGGGACAUGGUGGGGCCCUUGGCCUGGCGUCCUCGCAGCAGGGAUGUGGUCCAGCUGGGGGACCUGGUUCACAGCGUGGAGAGGCUGGUGGAGCUGCUGGGCUGGACGGAAGAGAUGAAGGAUCUUGUCCAGCAGGAAACUGGGAAGGUCACUGGGUGCGACAAAUAGGGUGAUGGCUGCCCCUGUACCAGUGGGGACAUGGGAAUCACCACCCAUGUCUGAACAGACCCCAUGCUGCAGGACAGCGUGCAGGUGGCUGUGAGCUGUGCUGACAUGCAGGGCCAUCUGUCAGGGAUAGCUGCCUGGCUGCCAUUUGACUUUCCACCCAGCUUGUGAUGGUGAGCUCUGACACUCGGACUGCACUGCCUUCCCUGUGCCCAGGUCCCCACCUGAAGGACGGGCUCAGCCCGUGUGGGUCCGGGUCCCACACAGGGCACUAGGGUUGCCAGCCCUACACUCUCCUCAGUCAGCUGUUUUUCAUUAGAGCAAGUUUGUCCUUCAUUCUGGUACAAAGUAAACUUUAAUGUAGAAACUGG